CUCUUACUGGCAAAAUGUCCUCGAACCAUAUUUUCCUUUCCUCUUUAAAUUCCAUUAAAAUUAAAUUAGGAGAAUUUUCUUUAGGAAUUUUUAUGAUUAUUUUUAAUCGUUCUUUCUUUCCAUCGUUAUCAACAAAAUUUCAACGUCUUCCUCUUCAAUUUCCUCUUCAAUUCUCUACUUAUUUACUCAACAAAACAAGUCAAAGAAGGUUAAAUUCAAUGUCCCCGGACCCAUCAAAACACAUUCCUUCAAAAAUUGCAAGAGAGGCUGGAGACAGUAUUUGGGUAGAAUUUGUUACUUUAGCAACAGAAACGAAAGCAGUCAAUUUGGGACAGGGAUUCACUAAUGAUGCAAUCCCACCGCUGCUUUCUAAACACUUACAGGAUGUGGCCAAGUCUCCUGAAAGGAUUGACAACCACCAAUACACAAGAGGUUAUGGCCACCAACGUCUAGUCAAUGUCUUAUCUCAAUUAUAUUCUCAACUUCUCGGUGUUGAAAUAAAUUCCCAAACGGAUAUAUUAAUUACUGUUGGAGCUUAUUUGUCUUUAUAUUAUGCAUUUAUUGGAUGGUUAAAUCCGGGAGAUGAAGUUAUUAUUUUUGAACCAGCCUAUGACUCUUAUGUUUCUCAAAUCAAAAUGGCUGGGGCUAUUCCAAUCCCUGUUGUUUUAGAAUUGGAUCCAAAUGCAACUAGUAGUGCUGGUUAUGUUUUGAAUAUAAAUGUUGUUAAAAGCAAAAUUACUCCAAAAACAAAAAUGAUUGUGUUGAAUAAUCCAAAUAACCCAACGGGAAAAUUAUAUACACGCUCUGAAUUGGAACAAUUGGCUAAAAUUGCAAUUGAAAAUGAUUUAAUUGUUUUGACUGAUGAAGUUUAUGAAUGGAUGGUUUAUCCUGGAGGGGAAAUGAUUAGAUUUGCAAGCCUGCCAGGAAUGUAUGAACGUACAAUAACUAUUGGAAGUGCUGGAAAGGUAUUUUCUGCAACUGGGUGGAAAACUGGAUGGUCCAUAGGACCAAAAUGGCUGCUUGAACCUAUGAAAAAAAUUCAUGAAAAUUGUGUAUUUGCUUGCCCUACCCCAAUACAAGAAGCUUUAGCCCGUUCAUUUGAAGAAGAAUUGCUGUUAUGGAAGGAAGGCAAAUUUAACCAAAGUUAUUUAAAAAAUGGAAUAAUUGCUGAACUUUUACCUAAACGCGACCUGUUGGCAAAAUAUUUAAAGUCUGCUGGGUUUAGACCAAUAAUUCCGGAUGCUGGAUAUUUUAUGAUUGCUGAUUUUAGUCAUUUGGAUGGUUCUUCUUCAUUUCUUGCUAAUAGAAAAUCAGAAAAUGGGGAAGGAAUAGAUUAUGAUUUUUGUAGAUGGUUAUGCAGAGAAAAGAAAUUGGCAGGAAUACCUCCAUCAGCAUUUUAUUCUCCUCAAAAUAGACAAGGAAAUGAUCAUUAUAUUCGACUUUGCUUUUUUAAGAAAGAUGAGACUCUUCAACAGGCUAUACAAAUUUUGGGAGACUCGUUUGGUGCUCAUAAAUGA